GCACCUGCUUAAAUGAGCGCGGAGCUCAGCUGCGCUCUUCUUGUUGUUGUUUCGCUUUGGGUCCUGCGCGCAUUUAACUGUAGUCGCUGGGUGAAGGACAGCUGUUGCCGGUCAGCGGAUUCGCUGUUUAUCGGCUGCUCUGUUUUUCUGCUCUCCUCUGCAACAUUAAUGUUAGCUUAGCAUGCUAGCAGUCGGCUACGUUGUGGCAUGCAUGUGAAUGGGAGCGCAGUUCCUCUUUACGUUUAUACCAAAAGAGGUAGUUCUGCCUUUAUUGGCCAAACCCGUGGGAGAUAAAUCCUCAGAGACUUCGCGUAAGGGAUUCAGAAACUGCUAUGGAGCCAACUGCGGGCUGUUUGGAUAUCGGCAGCCUGACCAGCACCUUGCCGGUGAUCCCCCAGAAUAAACUGACGGACCUGUACUACCUGAGCGGAGGGGGCUUCGGCACCGUGUUCAAGGGGAAGCACUCCGACUGGAGGACCACUGUGGCCGUCAAGUGCCUGAAGCUCGACUCUCCAGUUAUAGAAAGAGAGAGGAACUGCCUGCUGAAGGAGGCCGAGGUACUCCACAAAGCCAGGUUCAACUACAUCAUCCAGAUCUUUGGGGUCUGCAAUGAGCCUCGUAUCUUUUGCAUAGUCACGGAGUUCAUGAGCAAUGGAUCUCUGGACCGGUUACUCCACGAGAAGGACCUGUACCCCGUUCUUGCCUGGCCUUUGCGUUUGAGGAUUCUGUAUGAGAUCGCCCUUGGGGUUAACUUCCUUCACAACAUGAACCCACCCCUCGUACAUCACGACCUAAAGACCCAAAACAUUCUGCUGGAUGGUGAAUUUCAUGUUAAGAUUGCAGACUUUGGCCUAUCGAAGUGGCGACAGCUGUCAGUGAGUAGAGGCUCAGGGUCCAAGCCUGCUGAGGGUACAGUGAUCUACAUGCCCCCUGAGGAGUACGAACCAUCCAAGAGCCGUCGGGCCGACGUGAAGCACGAUAUGUACAGCUAUGCCAUCAUCAUGUGGGAGGUGCUGUCUAGGCAGAUCCCGUUUAAAGAGGUGACCAAUGGCAUUCAGAUCAUGUUCAGUGUGCUGCGCGGGCUGCGUCCUGACACCAGCCUGGAGAGCCUGUCCGCAGACAUCCCCAGCAGAGAAACGCUCAUCAAUCUUAUGACAGCCGGCUGGAACGCUAAUCCAGAUGAGCGGCCUUCCUUCCAAAAUUGUUUGAUAGAGCUGGAGCCUAUGGUGAGGGUGUUUGACGAAAUAGAGUUCCUGGAGGCUGUGCUGCAGAUCAAAAAGAAAAAGCUGAGGUCACAGUGUUGUUCAGCCCCAGCAGCCUGUCAGAAGGGGAGUGAGGAGGAAACUCCAAGUAUGCCAAAGGACAGGCCCAGCCAAUGGACGGAGGCCACCACAUCAGGCUCGGGGUCUUGUUCCUCUCAGGACACGGACAUAUCUCUACCGGGCGCCCUCUCCAGCAGCAAUGCUGCAUCCGCUAAACCUGUAGAUUGCCUUCCAUCGUCAUUCAUGCCUCACAGUCUGGAGUCUCCACAGUCAUUGAAGGAUGUCUAUGAUAAACCAGUAUGUGGUGAUAAACUGAAUGGCUGGACGAAUGAUUUAAACAUACUCAGCAAACCUGAACCAAUCGCCGAAUGUGAGACAAAGCUGGUUAAUGUCUCCCUCAAAGCACAGCCUCAGCCUCAAGGUUACUCUCCUCCACUGCGGCACUCUCCUCCUCUGCAAGGUCCCAUCUCCCAGUGGAUUGCAAUCCGGCGUGAGGAAAUUGUCUCCCAGAUGACGGAGGCUUGUCUGAACCAGAGCUUGGACGCCCUGCUGUCCCACUCCAUGCUGAUGAAAGAGGAUUACGAACUGGUGAUCAACCAGCCCACACGCACCGCUAAGGUCCGCCGACUUCUGGACACCUGCGACAAACACAACGAAGACUUCUCCCGCAUCGUCGUCCGCAAGCUGCACGACAACAAGCAGAUGAGCCUGCAGCCGUACCCGCCUGAAAUCAGCUCGCCUACGGUGGCACCCAGCGCACCAUCGCUGUCCAUGUCCUACAAUAUCCCCAGGAAGAUGUAGCAGCGCACACGGCCAAGACUUGCACAUAAAGACUGUGCCAACUUGACACUACAACUCUUUCUGUUUCCGUGUCAUCCAGACACUCGCCACGGUUUAGACUGAAGAACAGCUGGUUGAGCAACUGAAGUUACAGGUACAAAAACGUCAUGUGUUACUAUGGACACGUCAACUCAAGAUUUAAGGUUUUAUUCUGUAUGUUUAGAAUCAAAAAGACUUUAACUGAAGCAGUGAUUAUUUUUUUAAUGUUACGGAUUUCAUGUGAAUAUUUAUUUAUAGUCUCUAAGUGACUAUAUUGAGUGGUUUUCACUCUUUUUGGUAUCUAAUGCUUUUUGUCUGAAAACUAUUAGAUUAAUGUUGGCCUGUUUGUGCGAUCAUGUAUCAGUAUUUGCAGAAUGCAAACGUCCUCAUUUAUUUGAUGCAACUAAAGACAGGAGGACUGUUAACUGGAAAACCUGCAGUGAAAAUGGGGUUUAACUCUUUCCUAGCAAUCUUUAUUCAAGUAUCAUGUAUUUAUGGGUUCUGGUCAUGUUUACGGCCUGAGUGAACGAGUGUAUUGUUGUUCUAUUUAAGCACAAGGUCUACAGAAAGUUUGAAUAAGUGUUACUUUAAAUAAGUGUUCCUGAACUUUAGCAGCUUUGCCAAACUAAGAGGAAGAGUUGGACUGAGUUGUGACCCAGUGGCAGAGUGCAUGGAAAGGUUUUACUCCUCCUCUAUUUAUCGCCAAGCUAAAGAGAGUCACAGGGUCACAAAGUAAAGAGGAAGUUGAGAGGGUAAUACAACACCCAGAAAGAGGGAUGUGGGUGGGUGUGUGUGUGUGUGUGUGUGUGUCUGCAUAUAGUAGGUCAUUAAAAUUGGACCAAGUAUGUGCUCUCAUUUCUUUCGGUCGGUUCAGUAGCGACCUCACCUCACAGACUUCAGGCUUAUCUGGAUCUUUCCACACUUGACCUAUCUUCCACAGACUCUGAGCUGAGAUUGCAAAUAAAUGUAUCCUCUUUUAGUCCAAGUGAGCUUCUCUGCAGUAGCAUAAGAAAAAACAUAGAAUUCAUGAAAAUCUAGCUUUGCUUGUAGCAGAUCUUUAGUUUACCUACGGGCUGCCUGUUCAGCUUAUUUUUCUUGAACGUUGCAACUUUUUCUGCUGUUACUAGUCUGCUCAAAACAGCAGCAACAUGUUUAUGAAAUCUGUCAGACACUGACCGCAAGGCAGAAAACUGUUCAGCAAUCUUGCAUAAGUAUACAAUAAACAAGUACUGGUUUAUCUGUUAAACUAUACCUUUGUCUGCCACAGGGCUCUUUGUUAGUUCCUUGACAUAAUAAGCAUAUAUUGUAUGUUCUUUCUGCCAGAAUAUGCUGUAGUUACACAACAGAUAUUUUCUGUUUUAUUAGCGUGUAUGUGUGUGUGCGCCUGCAAUUAACGGUUAUAAUCAGUCAAUUAGCCAACAAACGGUCUAUUUCAUUCCCAGUUUGGCAUCUUUAAUGUGCCAAACAUAUUUUUUUGUUGUUGUUGUUGUUGUUGUUUAACCCUUCAGCGUCUCAAACAUCAAACAUGCAGACCUAUUCACAAACUGUCCUACACUGAUUCUUAAUAACUCCAUUGCUUUUGCCUGUCAACACUUUCAUCAGUAAGUAAUUGUUUUGGUGUGUAUGUUGUGUGUAUGCAUGUGAGGUUUUUGUUUUUUUUUAAAUAUACACACGGGCCUUGCCGCCCUCAACACUGCCUUCACUUCCUCAAAUGGGUGCUUGCAAUGACAAUAUUAAGCUGUGGCUCUGGAUUUCAGUACCACCUACGACACAUUCAUCACAGGACAGUCAGUGUGAUUAAUUAAUGUUUUUUCAUGCACAUGUUCUGCAUCAUUCAGUCCAAAGUAACCACAGUUCAAUGCAGACCUGAGUCACACAGUGGGGAAUGAGUCACAGCACGUCAGACUUUUUAAAACACUGUUAGAGCAAAUUAUAGUCAAAUGACAAAAUGUCAUUUAGAUUACGUCAGAAAGGCCGAGCAGGGUCAAUAUGCUUCCAUAUGUUGGACUCGUAUUGUUUUUGAAAACUGUGCCUCAUAUUCUGCUUCUGGUCUCGACUCGAGUUACAUGCAAACGCCUUCUACGUGCAUAUCAAGCAAAGCUGAGUGGAAAUGCUACAGGUUUGAUAGCGGUGUGUUUAACACAUUUUUUACUCUAGACGAUACCUUCAUCUGUGGUCUGUUGUUUAAAACUAAUGCAUUUUUUUUCUGUGAUGUGUUUAUUUGAUAUUCAUAGAAAUACCAUCUGAAAAAUACGGAGCUAAUUUAGUGCCCUUGUCAUCAUCAGUGUCAGCCGAUUGAGCCGUUCUGUCAGAGAUUUUAUACCUCUCUGACCUGUCUUCCCCAUGUGAUGUUUUUGUGUAAUGUACGUAUGGUCGGAGGGUAAGAUGGUGCCGCCAUUGCGUGCAAUAGGUCAGCAGCCUUAACAUGAAAUUUCCCCUUGUGGGACUAAUAAAGGUAUAUCAAAUCAAAUCAAAUCAAAUUUAACAUGAUGUGUAGCUGUGGUUUCAACUAGGAUUUUCUUUUCUUUUUUUUUUUCUUUUUUUUUAUAUUGUGUCAAACUCUUCAUUAAAAUGGGUACUCUGUUUUUAAUUUAA